UUCGGAGAGCUGUUGGUAUAAAAGACACCCAGACCCACGCUGAAGUCAAUCUUAUUCCAAAACGCAUCUCGAUUCCGGUUAACCGUCAGGCUCUCUCCUCCAUCUAUAGAAUGAAGUUCCUCAUUGUAUCUCUCGCCCUGGUGGCUGCAACUUGCGCUCAGUACCAGCAACCAACAAAGCCAAUUGCCAUUCUCCGACAGGCCCAAGACAUUGCCCCCGAUGGUUCUUACUCCUACAACUAUGAUACUGAGAAUGGAAUUUCUGUCGCGGAAAAUGGGGCCCCCAAGCCCGUAGGACCCAAAGGAGAACCUGCGGUAGUUGUCAGUGGUCAAUACCAGUAUCCCGCCCCCGACGGCACCGUAAUUCAGGUCACAUACAGCGCUGACGAAAACGGAUUCCAACCCCAGGGUGCUCACCUUCCAGUCGCCCCACCAGUUCCUGAGGCCAUCCAACGCUCCAUUGCUUACAACGCUGCUCACCCAGAAGAAAAUGAAUACAAUCCCGCGGCUGCACCCGUAUACAGGCGAUUCUAAGAUAGACAACGUGAACCCUGCUACACUUUAAGGACCUUCCUGUAUCUGUAUAAUAUAUAGAACUUCAUAUAAAAUUGUUUUAGCAGUU